AUGACCCAACCACUGACUAGUAGUUUAAAUCCAUUCUCAAGUAAUCAUUCCAAAUUAUCACCACCAGCACCAAAUGCAACAUCAACUACAACAUCAAAUCAGCAGCAUCUCAAUCGAAACAAUUGCAGCUCAUGA